AUGAAACAGCUAGACCGGCAGAUUAAUUUCAAAGUCUCCGGUUCACCACCCAAAAGAGAAAUCGAGAAUGAAAAGGGUCAGUUUCUGGCGAAUAGGGUGUCACCGAAGAACAGACCUUGGGCUAGAAAAACUGUGAUCUUCUCGAACCCCCUUUUCCAUUUAACAACUGCUUCACAAAACCAACAAUUUUGCAGAACAAGGUCGUCGGUGAUUACAAGAACCCGUCAGACCACCCCUCACAAGUUUCUAAUCAAGACGCCGCCGCCUCCUGCCGCAGUGGCUAAGUUUCAAGUAAAGAUUCGCAGUCCACCACUUUUUGUAUCUCCGACCAGACCCAAAACGGCCAGCGCGAAGAAGAAGGCGAUGUCACUGCCUAAGAACGUCUCCACGUCAGCAAAGCUGCGGAGUUCGUUUUCACCGUCGAGGUUGGCGACUAGAUUGGCUUCGCCGUUGAUGCUUAGGAACCCACCGAUUUGCGUAUCUCCAACCAGAUCCAGGGUGGCUACCAUGUAA